AUGGGGCACUUGCUAGGAGACGAAUGUUAUGCUGACUUUUUAAGAGAAGACUUUGAUGUAAAAGCGUACACCUCCCAAUCUAUUCAUCAAGCAGUUAUUGCUGAACAGUUGGCAAAACUUGCUCAGGGGAUCAGUCAGCUGGAUAAGGAACUCCAUUUGCAAGUUGUUGCAAGGCAUGAGGACUUACUGGCUCAAGCCACAGGCAUAGAAUCUUUGGAAGGUGUUCUUCAGAUGAUGCAGACGAGAAUAGGUGCCCUACAAAGCACCGUUGACCGGAUCAGAGCCAAAAUUAUCGAUCCCUACAAUAAAAUAGUGUCUCGUACUGCACAGUUAGCGAGGCUUCAGGCUGCCUGUGACUUGCUGCGGAGAAUAAUACGCAUCUUGUAUCUCAGCAAGAGACUUCAAGGGCAGCUGCAGGGAGGAAGCCGGGAGAUAACAAAAGCUGCUCAGAGUCUCAAUGAGCUUGAUUACCUUUCUCAAGGAAUAGAUCUCUCCGGAAUAGAAGUGAUUGAAAAUGACCUGCUUUUUAUUGCAAGAGCUCGACUGGAGGUGGAAAAUCAGGCUAAACGUUUGCUCGAGCAAGGAAUUGAGACUCAGAAUCCUACUCAAGUUGGAACUGCUCUUCAAGUUUUCUAUAAUUUGGGAACCUUAAAAGACACAAUUAUGAAUGUUGUAGAUGGAUAUUGUGCAUCCUUGGAGGAGAACAUCAACAAUGCCUUGGAUAUUAAAGUUUUGACUCAGCCUUCACAAACAGUGGUUCGAGGUGGCCCAGGGCGAGCAGCUAUGCCAACACCAGGAAACACAGCAGCCUUUAGAGCAGCUCUGUGGACAAACAUGGAAAAAUUGAUGGAUCAGAUCUGUGCCGCUUGUGGACAGGUGCAGCACCUGCAGAAAGUAUUGUCCAAGAAAAGAGAUCCUGUUACACACGUGUGUUUCAUUGAUGAGCUAGCCAAGGAUGGCCAGUCGGACAUUUUGUAUACAUUUUGGACAGCUGUAACUCGGACUCUUGCCUCCCAGUUUCAGACGGCAACAGACUCUUCCAUGUUUCUGAAACAAGCUUUUGAAGGUGAAUAUCCUAAAUUACUGAGGCUCUAUAAUGAUUUGUGGAAGCGCCUUCAACAAUACAGUGAAAACAUUCAAAGACAUUUUAAUACAAAUGGAACUACAGAAAACUUUGUUGAACUUCAGCAGUUGGAAGAUGAUGCACAUGACCUAUUCAUGCAAAAGAAACAAGAUUAUGAUCCAGAAACGGCCUUGAAAGACUCCCUGCAACCUUACGAAGCCGCCUACUUGUCGAAGUCGUUAUCUCGACUCUUUGACCCCAUCAACCUUGUCUUUCCCCCUGGGGGUCGCAAUCCUCCUUCGACUGAUGAGCUUGACAGCAUCACCAAAACCAUUGCAAGUGAGCUAAAUGUGGCUGCUGUGGAUCCAGACCUCAGCCUGGCAGUAUCUAAAAAUGUGGCAAAGACUAUACAACUGUAUGGUGUGAAGUCUGAGCAGCUUCUCUCUACACAAGGAGAUGCCAGCCAAGUGAUUGGACCAUUAACUGAAGGACAAAGACGAAAUGUUGCUGUAGUUAAUUCACUGUACAGGCUACACCAGUCCGUUCUAAAAGUAGUCUCCAACCAAAGUACAUUUCCAGCAGCUUCUGAGCAAAAUAUUAACACAGCCUUGAAGACAGUCCAUGAUUUGAUGGGAAACGCUGUGCAACCUUUACUGAACUCAGUCGGAGACUCGAUAGAAGCUAUAAUCAUCACCAUGCAUCAGGAGGACUUCUCUGGGUCCCUGCCUACUUCAGGAAAGCCUGACGUUCCUUGUUCGCUCUACAUGAAAGAGCUGCAAGGCUUUAUAGCCCGAGUUAUGAACGACUACUUCCGACACUUUGAAUGCUACGACUUUGUUUAUGAGAGCACCGAAGUCAUCGCACAGAGAGCGAUCGAACUUUUCAUUCGCAACGCCAGCCUGUUACGGUCUCUGGGUGAAGGAGGGAAAAUGCGGCUUGCGGCUGACUUUGCACAGAUGGAGUUAGCUGUGGCCCCCCUCUGCAGACGGGUCUCUGAUCUGGGAAAACCUUACAGGCUCUUGAGAUCAUUCAGACCACUACUGUUCCAGACAAGUGAGCAUAUUGCUAAUAGCCCAGCGCUGGGAGAUAUCAUUCCAUUAAGUACUAUCCUUCAGUUCUUAUUUACAAGAGCGCCACCUGAUUUGAAAUCCCCAUUCCAGAGAGCCGAAUGGACCGUUGCCCGUUAUUCCCGAUGGCUUGAUGACCAUCCCUCUGAGAAGGACAGGCUCAUUUUAAUCAGAGGUGCCCUGGAAGCUUAUGUGCAAUCAGUAAGAAGUAGAGAAGAAAAGGAAUUUGCUCCAGUCUAUCCCAUAAUGGUGCAGCUGCUGCAGAAAGCCAUGUCUGUGCUUCAAUAGAAAUGUCUCUUGAAGACAUACUCAUCAGCAAUGGUAGGGGACUGCUUUAGAAUCUAAAUUG